AUGGCCUUUACAAACACCCCAGACAAUUCCGGCUUCACGGGAGUAGGCCAGCAAGACAUCAACACUUCAUCUCUUGCCAGCGUUGCCUCGUCUUUUGCGAGCGAGUUCUCCCAGACCACCGGGACUCAUUUCACACGCACCAGCAGCGGUGCAUCGCAAACCGCCGCAUCAGAUUCCGACACGUCGAGCGCCGGCACGCCUGCUCCCUCUGCCUCCCAAACAGCUUCCACCACCUUCGCUACCUCGAUUGCCACCCCCGGCUCACCGUCAGAGUCACUGAACUCCAGCGUGGGCAGUCAAUCUACCUCAGCAUCCAAUGCGGCCAGCAGUACCACAGGUGGUGCCGUCACCGUCUCAGAAAAGUCUUCUUGCAACAGCAUUUCAUGCUCUCCCGCCCUCAAGGCAGCUAUUGCCGUCCCGAUUGUCGUUGCUGCCAUCGCGGCCAUUCUUUUGUUUUUCUUUUGUGCUAGGAGGAGAAAGAGACGUGCCGGUGCUGCCAUGUCAGAGAAAGCGCCGAAGAAGCCAGGGAAGAAAUGGACACGGCAUCUGCGAGCCUUUUCUUUUGACGCUGAAUUGCUCAUGGGCGGACGAUUUUCCAGCUCCAAUAGCAUUCGCAGCCGAGAUCCCAGCGUCCGAAGUGGCCCGGGCACACUGUCUCGCGCAAGCGGUCACAGCGGGGAGCCAAGUCUUCACAGUAUUGACGAGGUCGCACCUCCGUACCGAGAUGCUGUGACCAAUGUGACGCCACCGAGCCCAACUCGCGCCAACCCUCAUGUCACCAAUAUUGCAGCUGAUCCAAUUCCUCGGCCGUCCUCGACAGCCACAGCACCACCUCCAUACCGAUCUAUUGUUGGCGGAGCCGGUGCUGAACCGCCCAGUCCCUCCACGAUUCGAAAUCCAUUUGCAGACUCAGCUCCUGUCAGUCCCAUUGAAGGGUCACCUUUCAAUGACCCCCCCGAGGAAGCGUCUGGCGCCCUGCGUCCUACUCUGAGCCGUGGUUCUUCCAUGUACCGCAGUGUCAUGACGGAAGAUGAUGCUACCCCCACCGCAUCCGAAGCUGGGAGCAUACGGCAAGCAAUGGUGGGCAGGCGUGUGUCUGUCAGGAACGGUGAUGGAGCCAGUGGUGGCAACAGCAGCUAA